AUGAAUUCGAAUACGCCUCUUUGCGUUCGGAUGGCAGCAUGGUUAAAGCUAUUGCUUGUUUUGAUAACGUAGUCAUGGUUUUGUUUGGAUUUAGGGAUUUUACUCUUGCUAAAUUCAGACUUGCCAGUUGAGGUCAUGUUAAUCAGACGACAGAGUUAAUCCCCUUUGAAACAGCUGAUCCAUGGAUUCAGACGCACGCGAAGAGUUUGAACUGAGCAAGAAACAUGAAGAUAUAUUGGAGAGACGAGCAUUAUUGCUACAGCAGAUGGAAGCGCUCUAUGAACAACAUAAGACUAAAAAGAAACAGCAACGUCUGAGGUCUCGAGCUGCGAGCACGAGAAAUGCUCAGAUACUUAAGGACUUGGAGGAUGUUGAAAAGAAACUUCAUACAAGACAGCUCCUGCAUCCGGAUAUUAUACACCUUGAGACUCGUUAUUGGGCUUCAGUCGAACAGAAACUGCCGGAAUGGGAGCAGUAUUUGUUGGGUGAAGGAAAGGCUCCGGUUAGUGAGACCGGAACACCAUUGGGACAAGAGAGACUGAUAUCGGGGCAACAACAUUUCUCACCUGUACAUAGCAGGAGUAAGCCCCCUCGACCCAAACCUAGAAAAUAACUGAUAAUUCAAGUUUUAAAAAUAAUUUACAAUUUCUUUGCAAAUGUAUCUGUUAAAAAACAUU